CAUGUGCACCUGGAAGAACUGUAUUCCAUAGGUGUAAAAGCUCUUUGUUCAGAAUUGGAGUUGGAGAAUUGUUCAGUUACACUCAGGUGUUUUUUUAAGCCGUAAGUUAGAGGAAACCAUAAACUUUAUAAAAUCUGCAUUCUAGCUAUACCUGAUAGAGCUGACACGUGCAUGCUCAAGUUGCUAAUUACUUUAAAGGCAAUAAAUAGUAAUGGUAUUUUUUUUCUAAAAUACCAGGGGAAUGCAAUACCUAAUGGGAACACACAUCCCCCACUUCAUCCCCUAAAUCCUUACUAAAUGAGGAUUCUUUUUUACGCUGUCUCCACUGUGCUUAGUUUUUUUAUAAACAACCUUGACCAUUUUAGCUUUGAGUGACUAUGCUUUCAUCUUCUAGAUUGAGAUUGUUCUGUAGUUUUUCCUACAUUAGGAAAAAACUAGCAGUCCUUUUUUUGUUUUCUUAUGUUGGAUAUAUGAACGCUGCAUCCUUAGUUCUUGGGGUUGUGUAGGAGUCGGCAGGCUUUGAGAUAUAAAUAGAAGCUGAUUUCAGAGGCCCCUGUUGACUAGGCUUUAUGUGAGAGCCUCCAUCCAGCUCAGCUUGUCACAUUGCAGCCUUGUGACAGGCUGAAGCGCCCUCCCAUGUGAUCUAAGCUUCUGAGAAAUAUUAAAGCAAGCUGUGCACAUGUGAUGGCAUUUAAAAGCUGGCUUUCUAGGGGAAAAAAAUCUAAAAGAUGGGAACCCGUGUAGAAGACUCAUGUCCUGGUACUUCUUGUGUGUCUCGCAGUUGAAGGUUAUUUACAAUGAAAUGAAGGUAGACAUGUUGUUCUCUGAAGGAAAGUUGGAAUACUUUGUUAUCUCUAAGUGUGUGAAAUCUUUAGAUGGAGUAUCCUCCAUUUUAUUUAUCUAAAACAAAGAUUUUAAGAAUCAGAUUAACUAAAAUUACUUAGGUUGAUCGCUUGGCCUUAAACUUAAAAGCCAAUGUCAGAUGAGACUGGGCCUCAGUGUAGAAAAUGUAAGCUAGCACACUUAAACUGGUUUCAAGGAAUGACCCAACCUUCAUGCAUAGGGCAAACAUUCACACGUUUCGUGCGUGGUGGGCAUGCAAAUAUAUACAUAUUUAUCAUUUGAAAGCAGUUUUUGCUCCUAUUAUGCUCAUUUAAAAACCCAGCUGAAAGUGUUUAUUAAUAAACUUCCUAAGUGAUGUUGAAAUGUUUACACUACCCUGCUCCAAAAUGAGUCAGCUAAAUUCCAGUUAAUAUUUAAAGAGACAGUGUCAACUAAAUACUGUUGUUCAAAGUAAGUUGUGGAUCUUGGUCACUCCAUACAAGCUAGAUUGUCUUAAUAUUUGUAUGGUGCACUUCUACUUACAAAAGAGGAUAAAAUGUUUGGGGAAUAAUUACCAGGGUUCUGGCCAGGUCAAAAUUGGUUAGUCCCCUUUUCCCAUCUUCUAAUUUUGGUAGUUAGUACUUGUUAAAACAUCAUUUUUUAAUAACUCACUAAAAAGUGUAUUCUAAUAUGUAGUUGGAAAAAAUGACUGUGACCACAAGUUACAGCACACAAAUUUUCCUUUAAGCAAAUGCUCUCAAAUAUGCUUUUUGUACAUAUGCUUAUACAUAUUUAAGAUGACAUGAAAACCCUCCACAACUUUAUUUUAAAAUAAUUUUUCUUGAAUAUGUAUUUUCUCAUCCAGAGGAAAACUUAUUAAUAAUUUAGCACAGCGUUUUGACAAGACUUUUAGAAAAGCAAAUCUUCCUUGCAAACAAAUGCUUGCUAUGUGAAGCUUUUUCUGGUAACCCAGCAUUGAAUAUUAACCAUUACUAAAGGUUAUGUAUAUAUAUUCACUUUAAUAUAUUGAAUUUGAGCUUGGAACGGUUUUAUUAUUUUCUGGUAUGAGGAAGACAAGCACUUGUUAAAAUUAAUAGUGCCUUUGGCUAAGAAAUCUGGUUCAUAAUUUGUGUAUUGCAGGUUCCUAGGCACUGGCUUUAACAUACUCUGAAACUUCAAAUGGAGAACGUAAAAGGAGUUUCGUAAACCGGCUGACCCUAAAUUCUUAAAGAGAUUUACUUGUUGGUUCCAAGGUAGCAGGAAGGGCUACCAGUUCUCUUUUCAGCCUUAUAUAAAGAUGUUUCAGCAUUAAAAAGUACAGAUGCUCUGCCUCAGCAGAAUUGUCAAAUUACUGAUGAAGCCCAGAUAUGUGCAGGUGUUUUAAGAAAACUUUAUUCAUCCAGUUUAAAGAACCACCUAUAAAUAUCAAGUCAGUGAUAAUUGUGAUUAGCCAAUUAAGUAAAAACAUUUGAAAUGGUCUGCCUGUAGUGCAGCAGAGUCGAAAGUUACUUAAAGAUACCAGUUUCCCAAAUUGAUUAAAACAUAACCCUGAGAGCUAGCAGACCUUUUCAUAAAUUGAAACCAAGAAUAGUGGUAGGUAAAAAUACCCUAAUAAUUGAUAAAAGUUCUUUUUGGGUUUUUUUUGGCCCUAAAGCAGUUUGCUUUUAUAGAGGCAACAAAAUAUUGAUAAUUAUCUCUGCCCACCCUUUUUAAUGAUUAACAGAAUUUGGGCUUUUGUUAAAACUUGUGUAGAAAUUACAACGGUAUACCGAUGAUUGUAUUAGACUAUAUUUUGGUGAUAACACUAAUUUCUGAAAUUUUGUUUCGUCUAUAGCAGAAAAAUAUGGCUCAGGAGACUAACCAGACCCCGGGGCCCAUGCUGUGUAGCACAGGAUGUGGCUUUUAUGGAAAUCCUAGGACAAAUGGAAUGUGUUCAGUUUGCUACAAAGAACAUCUUCAGAGGCAGCAGAAUAGUGGCAGAAUGAGCCCAAUGGGGACAGCUAGUGGUUCCAACAGUCCUACCUCAGAUUCUGCAUCUGUACAGAGAGCAGACACUAGCUUAAACAACUGUGAAGGUGCUGCUGGCAGCGCAUCUGAAAAAUCAAGAAAUGUGCCUGUGGCUGCCUUGCCUGUAACUCAGCAAAUGACAGAAAUGAGCAUUUCAAGAGAGGACAAAAUAACUACCCCGAAAACAGAGGUGUCAGAGCCAGUUGUCACUCAGCCCAGUCCGUCAGUUUCUCAGCCCAGUACUUCUCAGAGUGAAGAAAAAGCUCCUGAAUUGCCCAAACCAAAGAAAAACAGAUGUUUCAUGUGCAGAAAGAAAGUUGGUCUUACAGGGUUUGACUGCCGAUGUGGAAAUUUGUUUUGUGGACUUCACCGUUACUCUGACAAGCACAACUGUCCGUAUGAUUACAAAGCAGAAGCUGCAGCAAAAAUCAGAAAAGAGAAUCCAGUUGUUGUGGCUGAAAAAAUUCAGAGAAUAUAAAUUACUUCUUGUGAAGAGACUGAAACUUUGUUUUUAUUUUAAUAUAUCGUAGGAAAACAUUAAAGAGCAGAUGCAUGGCCAUUUUUC